AUGGCGGCGGCGAGGCCGCCUAAGCCUCCCCGGCGGAACUGCAUUGUGCCAGCAGCCCGCACAAAGCCGGGCCGCCCCGCCCGCGGCUCUUCGCCUCGCUCCGCUCUUGCCCCUCGGGAGUCCCGGGUUCAUGUGGGCCUACUUUUCAAGUCAGUCCAGGUCCCUGUGGAUGGCCUGACUUCCUUCUGUUGUAUAAGCUAUGACUCUGAUGUCAUCACCAACUUACUGAGGGUACACUCAGUCUCACUGUCUAUGCCUUUGAUAAAGAGCAAACUUGAUGACUACCAGGAACGAAUGAACAAGGGAGAACGUCUAAAUCAAGAUCAACUGGAUGCAGUGUCAAAAUACCAGGAAGUGACAAAUAAUCUGGAAUUUGCUAAAGAACUGCAGAGGAGCUUUAUGGCACUGAGCCAAGAUAUCCAGAAAACAAUAAAAAAGACAGCUCGCAGGGAGCAGCUGAUGAGAGAAGAGGCUGAGCAGAAGCGUUUAAAGACUGUGCUGGAGCUGCAGUUUAUUUUGGACAAGUUGGGUGAUGACGAAGUGCGCAGUGACUUGAAACAAGGAUCAAAUGGAGUCCCAGUACUGACAGAGGAGGAACUGACAAUGCUGGAUGAAUUUUACAAGCUAGUUUAUCCUGAAAGAGACAUGAACAUGAGGUUGAAUGAGCAGUAUGAGCAAGCAUCUGUUCACCUGUGGGACUUACUGGAAGGGAAGGAAAAACCUGUUUGUGGAACAACCUAUAAAGCCCUAAAAGAGGUUGUUGAACGUAUUCUUCAAACUAGCUACUUUGAUAGCACCCAUAACCAUCAGAACGGAUUAUGUGAGGAAGAAGAGGCAGCACCCACACCUGCAGUAGAAGACACUGUAGCAGAAGGUGAACCUGAUCCAGCAGAAGAAUUUGCUGAACCUACUGAAGUUGAAUCGACUGAGUAUGUAAACAGACAAUUCAUGGCAGAGACUCAGUUCAGCAGUAGUGAGAAGGAACAGGUAGAUGAGUGGACAGUUGAAACGGUUGAGGUUGUAAAUUCACUGCAGCAACAAACACAAGCUACAUCUCCUCCAGUUCCUGAACCUCAUACACUCACUACUGUGGCUCAAGCAGAUCCUCUUGUUAGAAGACAGAGAGUACAGGACCUUAUGGCCCAGAUGCAGGGUCCAUAUAACUUCAUGCAGGACUCCAUGCUGGAGUUUGAGAACCAGACACUUGAUCCUGCCAUUGUAUCUGCACAGCCCAUGAAUCCAGCACAGAAUUUGGACAUGCCACAAAUGGUCUGCCCUCCAGUUCAUACUGAGUCAAGACUUGCCCAGCCUAAUCAAGUUCCUGUGCAACCAGAAGCUACACAGGUUCCCUUGGUUUCUUCUACAAGUGAGGGAUAUACAGCCUCCCAGCCCAUGUAUCAGCCUUCUCAUAGCACAGAGCAGCGGCCACAGAAGGAAUCAAUUGACCAGAUUCAGGCUUCAAUGUCACUGAAUGCAGACCAGACCCCGUCAUCAUCAUCACUUCCCACUGCAUCCCAGCCGCAAGUUUUCCAAGCUGGAUCUAGCAAACCUUUGCACAGCAGUGGAAUCAAUGUUAAUGCAGCUCCAUUCCAAUCCAUGCAAACAGUAUUCAACAUGAAUGCACCUGUUCCUCCUGUUAAUGAGCCAGAAACCCUUAAGCAACAGAAUCAGUACCAGGCCAGUUACAACCAGAGUUUCUCCAAUCAGCCACACCAAGUAGAACAAUCAGAUCUUCAGCAAGAACAGCUCCAGACAGUGGUUGGUACUUACCAUGGUUCUCCGGACCAGACCCAUCAAGUGGCAGGAAACCAUCAGCAACCUCCCCAGCAGAAUACUGGAUUUCCACGUAACAGUCAGCCUUACUACAACAGUCGGGGAGUGUCUCGUGGUGGAUCACGUGGGACUCGCGGCUUGAUGAAUGGUUACAGGGGACCUGCAAAUGGAUUUAGAGGAGGAUAUGAUGGCUACCGUCCCUCAUUUUCCAACACUCCGAACAGUGGUUACACGCAGCCCCAGUUUAAUGCUCCUCGAGAUUAUUCAAACUACCAGCGGGAUGGAUAUCAGCAGAACUUCAAACGUGGUUCUGGACAAAGUGGGCCUCGGGGAGCUCCUCGAGGACGUGGAGGACCCCCAAGACCAAACAGAGGGAUGCCUCAAAUGAACGCUCAGCAAGUGAAUUAAACAAAUUCACAGGAUUAUGUGAAAACGCCAAAAACACACUGGCCAGUGUACUAUACAUGUUACCAGAAGAGUUAUCAUCUAUUUGUUCUCCCUUACAGGAAGUUUCUUGUAAAGGGACUAUUUUCAUUACCCAUAAUGACAGGACUACAGUUGCCAGCUUUAUGUUACCUGGAUAUGGAAAGAAACGAAACAACGUUUACUCUGCAUGUUCUGUCCUAAGCAUCAUCUUGAGCCUUGCACAUGAGAUUCAGAUUCCUCACCCUUGCUAAGAAUAAUGCAAAAAAGGCAAUUUUCAGGGUGAUCCAGUCUCUCCAUGGUUAACUGAAGUGGCAGGAAAAAGCAAAGACUCACUUCUGACAUUGAAAGUGAUGCAACAAAUUCGGAUAUAAUCUGCAAAUUCAUAAACAAUUACUGUGGUGGCAAAACCUAAUGUGACGAAACUUAAUGUUCCCAUGAAAGGAUUGAAAAAGUGAAGUGUGGCUUGGUAGAGCAACUGCAUUUCAGCUUUUUCACAUUAAACUGAAGCACUGAACAGUUAAAGAUGUGUAGCGAUGCAUAUUUCCCUAAGUAGGCUUCUAGCCAGAUUUUGACAAAGAAGAAGCGCCCUUAGCUGCAGCGCUGCUCAUCACCAGGGCCCCGUUUACUGUGGCUAAGGAUUUAAGAUCGCUUGCAUAACUGCUAAUGUUAUUGUGUAAUUUUUUUAAAGAGAAAAGCUUUGAUUUGGCACUUCAACAAAAUUUUGCAACAAAUGCGAGUUAUAAUCUGGAUGGCCACUGUAUAUUUGAUGUGAAGUAUUUAGAUAUCUCUUUGAAACACAUUUAAGUUUCUUUGAUAGCAAUGACUUUUGUAAGGAUUGGUACUCUCUAUCAUUCCUUAUGACUUGCACAUUGUCUGUCACUAAUACUUGACUUUGCUGUAUUAUCACCUAAAUAACUGAUGCCGGUACUGAUGGAAAUCUCUAAUGGAUAAUCAUAACACUUUUGGUCACAUGUCCUUUUGUCUUUCCUGCAGCCUUGAAGGUUUUAAGAAAUCUCAAAUGCCCGCUGCUGCUGCCCUUUUAAUUGCUAUCUUUUGAAAAGCACCAGUAUGUGUUUGAAUUGAUUUCCCCUUUUAAGGGAAAUGACAGCCAGCAGUUACAGUUCUAAUGGUAUAAGCAAGACAAAUAAAACAUGUUUAUAAAAAUUGUAUCCUGAACACUGGUUUUCAGCGACUGAAACAAAUCUAAUGUAACGGGUUUACACCGCAUAAGGUUUUCUUUUUUCAAUGAAAGAUUUUCCUGAAUAGUUGUCAAACUCCCGUUUUCUCAUUUGAUUCUGAUAUCUGUGACAUCUAGGAAAUUUUUCUUCUUGUGGAGACUUUCCUUUUCAUCAAGGCAGCAAUGUCUAGAAGAAAUGGCAUAAGACUAGGAGCUGGAAAUUACCAAGUUUUACUCAAGUUUUUACUGUACACUUGUGGUAUAAUCUUUGGAAAAUCACUUGUGCCUAACUUUUGCGCACAUGCACUCUCUCUGCAGUGGGGAGAAUAUAUUGAUAGCUGCCUCCAUAGAGGUGUUGGUAGUUUGUUGCAUUUAUAGCAUGUGCAAGAAGAAAAGCGCUGUGUUGCUCAUCACAUAAUUCCUGCGUGUGGAAGGGUGACGUUAAGGAACAGCUACCCAUUGCUUACCUGUUGUAUACAGAACUGACAGUUGUUUUUGCUGAGAGGUUUGCCCAGAGGGACAUUUCUACUUUGUAUCACAACUGAACUUUCAGAACAACUUGUAUUUUUUGACUUCAUUGCUGAAUAGUGCGUACAGAUAGGUGGUAAUGUCACUUUUCCAUCUUACACGUGAAGAGCACAAACAAGAAAAGUUUUUACUGAGGAGCGAUAAGCUUUUGAAGACAAUGCUACACAGCAAACAUCUUGAAACAAUGCUGAUGGCUAGAAGCACGGCAGUUGUAGUCAAGGCCUAGGAACAUUCCAAGCCAGUGUAAAGAUAAAACCUGCAGUCCGGUAAGAAGUUGCUGUUCUGUGUCUUUUUUUAGGAAGCUGUUACUGAGCUAAUAGUCCCAAUUGGUUUUUUUAACUGGAAAAAAAAAAAUUAAAGACAAACCUUUUAAUGCUGAACUGAUGUAGGAAACAGUGAUUUUUUUUUUUCUUUUUGUGUGCAUCAGCUUACUUUGAAAUGGUUGGUAGAAUAUAAGCUAUUCAGCCUUUUCUGUUGCACACCAAAUGCGAAUUCAAUAGCUAAUUGUAGUUGGAUAGUAAACUUGCAGCAUACUGAAUUAAAGACCACUGAAUUGAUCAGAACAUUCCACUUAAGUUUUUUUUUUUUAAGCAUAAUUUAAAUUUAUUAAUAAAACAUGGGUGUUUGAGAGGCCUCUUAUUUGAGAUGCAAAGUUGUAAGCCUUUUCGUGUAUGAAAAUGGUCUUUAGAAUAGCUGUUCUACUGUAUGCUGAUAGAGGGAGAUGUGUAACGAUAAUAACUAUAAAACAAGUACUUAAUACAUGUUUAAUCUGGGAAUUUGCACUGACUCCUUUAAUCUCAAUACAUGCAGCUAAUAAACAGUAUACUGAAAAAUU